AUGUUUGGAAUGGUUUGUGAUAAUAUUCAAAUAUUUGCUUUGUUAGUUUUAUCAAAUCAUUCGGUUCAAAGUGAUUUGGAAAUCAAAAAUGUUUGUGAUGUCGUCCAACCAUUGAAGGUAGCUUAUCCCUAUCAAUGUCCAGGAUGGUACAGGAACGAUGUCCAUAUCACUUUUGAUAGAGAUGCAAGGAAAAUGUUGGAUUUAAGUGCGAGUGAUUUAGUUGAUAUAGUCAAGAAGAGAGGUGAUAGUUUGGCUAUGUUCCCACCCGAAUUAAACGUUUUGAAACAUCGAAAAGCAGUUUUCUUAGUUGAAGUUACAACUUACAAUGAUUGUGCUUCUCAGACAGGAGAUAAUGUAACUCAUUUGAUGCGUACAAAUAGCUACACCUAA